AUGCUAUGGCAACACAAGCCUCCAUCUUUCCCGCUCUCCGCCACUAAAUUCGGGGAUCAUGUGUCGGUGUCGUGGGAGCAAUCCUCCAUUGCAUCAUUCACUAGUCCUAGGCCACUAAAGACAUCCACUGUUGCAUACCAUUCUAUUCGUGUCAUGGCAGAGGAGGCACCCACCAAGAAAGAGGUAGAGAAGGAGGCUCUGAUGCCAGAAUUGGAUCCUAACAUUCCAUCACCAAUCUUCGAUGACAGUACUGGUAGCCUAUUGCGCAAAGCACAAAUGGAGGAAUUCUACGUCAUUACAUGGGACUCGCCUAAGGAACAAAUUUUUGAGAUGCCCACCGGUGGAGCGGCCAUAAUGAGGCUGAGCCCAAAUCUAUUGAAAUUGGCUAGGAAAGAGCAGUGUUUGGCACUUGGUACUAGGCUAAGGUCCAAGUACGAGAUUAAGUACCAAUUUUAUAGGGUGUUCCCUAAUGGAGAGGUACAGUAUUUGCACCCUAAGGAUGGAGUCUACCCGGAAAAGGUUAACGCUGGCCGCCAAGGAGCUGGCCAAAAUAUGUGA